AGCGUUGAGUGAACAUCUAUGGGACGGGGAGAAGGCAAAAGGAAAGUUGCUUUUGCAGUCAUUCAGAUAGUUAGACCUACCUGGAGUUGUGUUGCCAGCUGCGUGUGUUGGGAUUGAAUAGAACUUUCAAGACUUGUUUUAGAUUGCGUUGUCGUAACAAGUUGGAAUUAUCUUCCCCGGCGUGACUUGUUGGAAUUAUUUGUCUAUCUGGAUUGCUAGUCGAAACUGUCUUGUUAGUGGUUCUCGACUGGAUCUGAUCCAUAUACCUUCUUCACGACGAGACUAACACUUUGACGAAAAAGUAAAAUUUAUCUGCCGUUAACCAUAGUCUGGUCGACCAGUCGCCAUGACGGGGCCAGCUUACGCCCCGAAUGAUGCAGCCGGAGAAGGAGUGGCUGGCAGUGCGUCGGAUAGCCUCCUGGCAAGACUUUCAUCCAGCCCUGCUCCCAGCGGCAUGCCGACGUCCCAGUCGGAUAUUGAUUAUAAUGAUGCAAACGAAACGAGCUACUACUAUGAUGCUGGCUUUGCAAAAGCGGUAAACAUCACAUCUUUCACGAUCUAUGGCAUCAUCAUCGCCAUCGGCCUGGUCGGAAACCUGGUCGUCAUCUUCAGCAUUCUUCGCACCUACCGUCGUAUCUCCUUCACCUCCAUGAUGCUGUGCAGUUUGGCCUUUGCCGAUCUCCUCUUCGCCGCCGUCUUCAUCCCUAUACAGCUCUACAGCAGCUACCAUGGCAGCUGGCAAUUCGGGUUCAUCGGCUGCUAUAUGGUGGCUUUCCUCUGGUUCCUCGGUCCGGCUUCUUCGGCGAUAAUGCUGCUCGUCAUUAGCGCUGAAAGGUACAUUGUCAUCAUCCACCCGCUACAAGCCAAAGUUUUGCUCACGAAAAAGAUGGGGUUGAUUAUCGUGAAUGUGACGUGGCUAAUAGCGAUUCUCUUGUCAUUAGUUUCGAUACCAUUCACAUCAUAUUCCGUUGUUGAUUAUGGGGGCGAACUUUACAACGUGUGCAAUCGGGAAACAACAACGUACACCGGCACGGUACUUAAGAUAAGCUUCUUCAUAGGGGUACUCUACGGCCUCCCCCUUAUCGGCAUGCUCUUCUGCAACAUCCGGGUAAUCAUAACCCUCCAUCGUAGCAGCCGUGUCACGCGAACCAUGCAGAGCGUGAAUCUCACCAAGGGCGUCUACAACAACGGCGUUCGGAGCUCGAAAGGCGGGGCGACCAGUACGGGAAGACUGAGCUGCGGCAUGGAAUCGGAGAUCAGCACCGUGGUCUCGCACGGCGGAACGAGCACCGGACCGAGUGGGGAUGCGACGUCCAACACGAAAGGCGGUGGGAAACGUAAAAGUAGGAUGCAUUCAACUCUGCAGGAGAGAAAGCGGGUAAGAUGUAUUCAAUAA